CCCUCCCGGACGGUCGCGCGACCGUUCCCGUUGAAAAGGGACGGUGGCCGCGCGGGCUGCGGUGACGACACGAUUAAUAUUUAAAAGGAAACGGAGCGAAAGGACAAAUGCGCGGCGCGCGAGUCACACCGCAGCGCGAGGCUCGCCGGGUCUGUCCGCAGCCGCAGGUGCGGAGAAGGGCGUUCGUAUAACGGGCAGUGAGUGCGGAGGAGGAGACAAGAAGUGUCACUGUGACUGUCACUGUCAUCGUCACCAUCAUCAUCAUCAUCAUCAUCAUCACCAUCAUCACCGCGGGAGCGCUGUAGCGGACGCGCGCGCGGGACGGGACGGCUGCGCGAGGAGGAUGUCCGAGUCCGCGUGCGACGCCAAGGCCAGCAAGGAGGUGAAGGAGAGCGAGAACGUGGCCGAGAAGUACUCCAGCAUGAGCGCGACCCGGAGCGGCGGGGACGAGCUCUCGUGCGCCUUCAGCGCCGUGCCCGCGCACAAGCCCGUAAAGAAGCAGAUCCAGUUUGUGACCUCAGAGGAGAAGCAGGAGUUCAGCAAGUUCCCCACCAAGGCUGGACGCCGAUCGCUGUCCCGCUCCAUCUCUCAGUCCUCAACGGACAGCUACAGCUCAGCCGCCUCCUACACCGACAGCUCGGACGAUGAGACGUCCCCCCGCGACAAGACUCAGGUCAACUCCAAGGGCAGCGGCGACUUCUGUGUGAAGAACAUCAAGCAGGCCGAGUUCGGCCGACGGGAGAUCGAGAUCGCGGAGCAAGACAUGUCGGCCCUCAUCUCCCUCCGGAAGAGGGCCCAGGGGGAGAAGCCGCUCGCCGGAUCCAAGAUCGUGGGCUGCACUCACAUCACGGCCCAGACAGCGGUCUUGAUUGAAACGCUGGUUGCCCUUGGAGCUCAAUGCCGAUGGACCGCCUGCAACAUCUACUCCACGCAGAACGAGGUGGCGGCUGCCCUCUCAGAGGCAGGAGUGGCCGUGUUCGCCUGGAAGGGGGAGUCCGAGGCCGACUUUUGGUGGUGCAUCGACCGGUGCGUCGGCACAGAAGCCUGGCAGCCCAAUAUGAUCCUGGAUGACGGGGGUGACUUGACACACUGGGUUUACAAGAAAUACCCCAAUGUCUUCAAGAAGAUCCGCGGCAUCGUGGAGGAGAGCGUCACCGGUGUCCACAGGCUGUACCAACUCUCCAAGGCCGGGAAGCUGUGUGUCCCCGCCAUGAACGUCAACGACUCGGUCACCAAGCAGAAGUUCGACAAUCUCUACUGCUGCCGGGAGUCCAUCCUGGAUGGGCUAAAGAGGACCACUGAUGUGAUGUUCGGUGGAAAACAAGUGGUGGUUUGUGGGUAUGGAGAGGUGGGGAAAGGCUGCUGCUCUGCCCUGAAGGCGCUGGGGGCGAUCGUUUACGUCACGGAGAUCGACCCCAUCUGUGCCCUGCAGGCCUGCAUGGAUGGCUUUCGAGUGGUCAAGCUGAACGAGGUCAUUCGCCAGGUGGACAUGAUCAUCACCUGCACAGGGAACAAAAACGUGGUGACCAGAGAGCAGCUGGAUCGCGUGAAGAAUGGCUGCAUCGUGUGCAACAUGGGCCACUCCAACACGGAGAUCGAUGUGGCCAGCCUGCGAACUCCAGAGCUCACCUGGGAGCGGGUGCGAUCGCAAGUGGACCACGUCAUCUGGCCCGAUGGGAAGCGGGUGGUCCUGCUGGCCGAGGGCCGCCUGCUGAACCUGAGCUGCUCCACGGUGCCCACGUUUGUCCUGUCAAUCACAGCUACGACCCAGGCUCUGGCUUUGAUAGAGCUCUACAACGCACCUGAGGGCCGCUACAAACAGGACGUCUACCUGCUGCCCAAGAAGAUGGAUGAGUACGUCGCCAGCUUGCACCUGCCCACCUUUGACGCCCACCUGACGGAACUGUCUGACGAGCAGGCCAAGUACCUGGGUCUGAACAAGAACGGGCCCUUCAAGCCCAACUACUACAGGUACUAACAUGACGGAUGGAUCCUGCGCGUUGCAAACCCGGCAAAGCUAGGAGCCUUCCGAGAGAACCUGCUGGCGUCCGAAGGUGUUUUUGAAGACCGGCGUUGUCAUAGAAGAUAAACCUCCAUCAAGCUGAAUGUUGACCCCUUUCACGCGUGCUUUCCUUAACACGGAACCGACCGCCUUCCGUCUCACCCAGGGUCCGGACUAAACGCGGACUCCACACGUACACACGCUCGCUUAGAUGCGUCCGUAGGAACCGUAAGCGCAAUAGCAAGCGUCGCUUAGCUGCGCGCACAGAAACUCAUCUCGUGUCCCUUUUGUUCCACUUCUCCAGUACAAACGUUCUAAAUUCCUUUACGGUUCUUAAAAUCUUUCUAUGUCAAGGUAGUUCGGUAGCUAAGAAACGUGCUACGGUGCCAAACGCACACCAAGUGCAACAAGAAGGAAACGAUCUGGCCGUGCGCCUUUACUGUGCUCGUGUCACUUUGUGGUCACACUCUGGUCUGCUGCCUCUGGGCUUUCACCGCAGCUUCUCAGACAUUCCUCAGCGAGCUCUUCCCUCGAACCCUGAGCCUCCGCUCUGUGCGCCGAGGCUUUCAAGUCAUUCCUUCAUUUAACUAUUUGCGUCUUCGUGUCGGUGUCCUUAUUUUCUUCGCUCGAAUUCCCGUUGACCUUAAUGCGUAAUGUGAAUCGCACGUUCUUUUUCUGCCUUCUCGGCUGUGAACCUUUCUCGUUGUUUGUUGGUUGCGCACACACAUACACACAUGCACGCGCGCGCACACAAAAAAGUGUAACAUGCUGUUGUUUCAUAGUGUUUCAACAACAAAAUAUAGAUACUUGUGAGCUAGCCCUUGGAGAUUUGUGUCAAUGAAGCCUGUGGGAAGAGCAGGUACUGUUCAGUGAUGGGAACAGAAAUUAUGGCACCAGCUGUUGGGUUGAACUGAACCAUUAGUGAACUGUUUCACCUGUAGUCCUGUUGACCUCAAAAUUUAACACAGGAAGCAAUAUUGUAGAUUUUCACCUGUAGGCCACUGCGACCAGUGUUUUUAAGGCAACUGGUCAACAAGAGAUAAAAACGAAGCGUGUCAAUUAUGGGGCCCAUGUUUCCUCUGGGUGCUCUGGUUUCCUCCCACUGUCCAAAGACAUGUUUCAGAUGAACUGGUGAAAACCGCCCGCGGUGUGUGAUUGCCCUCUGAUGUACUGGCAUCUCAUCCAGGGAUAAUGAUAUGAAUGAAUAAUGUCCUUAAUGGAAAAAGCUGUAUAUUUUAGUAUACCCUUCCAUAAUAUUAUUUUCAUGCAUGCUAUUCCUAAAUUGAUCCGUUUUUUUAUUACAAAUGUAUACACAUAGUACAUAGUGUGAAUUGCUUUUUCACAAUGGGGGCGACCCCACGCUGUAUUUUAACCGAUUCGCCCAGUUUUCAGCUGCUUCAUAUAAAAUAUUGUUUUUCUAACCUGGAUUAUUUUUUAAGAAAUUGUAAAAUUAAUGAACGUUCAACGUUUUUGUGAAACAUUCAUAAAUGCCAUCCACGUAAUGCCUGGAGCAUUUGCACUGCGUUUGAAAUCAUCUUUUCUACGUCCUCACUGGUGUGGUCAGUGUAAACUCUGUCGCAAAUCACACUUUGUUUGUGUUUGUUGACACCCAGUACUAAAUUGACUGCAUUAUGUGUUCAAGACCUCGGUAGCUUUUUUUGUACCACCUAGUGCCCAGAGGAACUUUAAAGAGUUAUAUAUAU